CUCGAAAGUGAAAGUGUGCUGAGGUCCGUAAAUCAGAUAGGCUGCACGCAGGAUGAAGGGAAGCAUGUGGAAAUAAAGUUCAGGAGCAAAGAUGCCAAUUCACAUCAGAAGGACAUCAGGAUGAAUCGCCGCCUCGUGUCAAAGUUCAGAAAGAAACUAGAAAGUCUUCCUGUUGCAGAUUACCAUGGCCUCCACAGUCCAGGUCUUACCUGUUAUCUGAACUGCGUGCUUCAGGUGCUUUUCAUGACUGAAAACUUUCGGGACGCUGUGAAAAGAUUUAAUAGUCAGGAUCACAAUAGUGGCAGUAAAGAUUCACCAACCAUCGACUCACAGCUGAGACGGCUGUUUAGGGAUUUAGAGAAAAUGAUGGCCAAAACACGUAACAUCACAGCAACACUGGGCAUCACAGAUGUGUAUGAGCAACGUGAUGCUGCUGAGUACUUUGAAAAAAUCCUGCGUCUGACGAGUCCAGAUGCUUCCAAGAUCUUCAAGGGAGAGCUGACUCAGAGGAUAACGUGCUGCAAGUGUGACAUGAGGAAUGAAUCCAGGAGCUUUUUUUGGAUUCUGCCACUCACGGUGGAAGAGUCAUCCCACAAAACCUACAACGUGAAGCGAGGACUAGAAGCUUUCUUUGAGUUACAAAAAGUCUGUGAUGACGACCAGAUAUACUGCAACCGGUGUGAGGAAAAGCAAGAUGCAAACAUUAAAUCGGAGAUAACACAACAUCCAGAUGUUCUGACCCUCCUGCUGAAGAGAUUUACCUUUGAUUACAAGCUGAAACGCUACAUCAAGCUUCACUGUGAAGUUGAUGUGCCCCAAACUUUACAUAUGGAGAAAUGCACAUAUGACCUCUACGCUGUAGUUGACCACUUUGGCAGCCUAACAGGAGGUCAUUACACUGCACUAAUCAAAUCAUUUGAAACUGGGUGGUGGUAUUACUUUGAUGACAACAGAGUUAAAAGCGUUAAACAACAACUAUUUGGGGCUAAAGAAAACUCAUUGAGGUUUUCUACAGCUUACAUCCUCCUCUACAGGAAGGUGAGCAAAGAGCCUGCAAAGACUGAUGGACGUGACCGGGGAGCUCAGCGUGCUCAUUCAGCGGUCGAGGCUGAAGGAAGAAGUAACGAGGUAGAGAGAGGAGAGGCUCCUGUUCUUCAUUAUCAACCACAGAGAUAUAAUGACAAAAGAAAGGACGUGACAAACUCUUCUGGGGAACUGGAUAAUCAGCCAAACCAGAGAGCAGCACACAUAAACAAGAGUGUGUUCCCUCAGUUGGACAUCAAAGCAGAUGAACAGCAGCUUAAUCCAAACACAAGGGAGGACGUGUGUCAUCAUAUUGACAGAGCUGAAAAUUCAGGAGCAUUACCCUUUCAGCAAAACAGUAAUACCCAGAAGAACAGAAGAAAAACACAUGAAACUGCCUGUGAAGACAGAGCCGAUGAUGCUACAAGGACUGGAACAAAAACAAGUCGAACUGAGAGAAGCUCAAGAAGAGUGAAGCCUGUAGAGACCAUAGCUGAGGAAAACAGGAAGAAGGCUGUAAAAGAUGCAGGAGUACAAAGAAACAGCAGGUCUGACAGACAGAGAGGAAACAGUGCUGCUGAUAAAAAGUCAUACAGCAUUUGCUCUAAUGGCUUCUCUUCUUCAGUUCCACAUUCAACAAGCUGCUCAAACAGUCACCAUGAAAUAAAUGAACGCUGUAAAGUCAAAACAAAUCUGUGUAAAAGAUUUGGCAGCUUUAAUGGCAACAUGGAAACUAUAGACAACAAACUCAAGACCAAGCAAACUAUGUCAAAGAGAGAAAAAUCUGCACAUGUGACAGAAAAAAAAGUUGAUACAGUCACAAACAGUCCGUGGAGGUGAAGAAUAAAGUAAGGAUGAUAUCUGUGUCUUUAGGUGUGUUUUAUAUUUUAACAGAUUUAUUCAGACUGAAUCUGUGUGCUUCUGUUAACUGCAACAAACUGUGAUCAGGAAUGUAUUUGUUUACACUUGUUUAUAUGUUAGUAGCAUAGUAAUACUCUUAUUUACUAUUGGCUAAUGCACAUAUGUAUUCACAGUUGAUUCACUCCACAUGUUCUCUGUAAAUUAAAGGAAAUCACCUGCAUACUGUGGAUGCAUUUAAAACAUUGUGGAAAAAUAUUAAUAAAACAGGUCAAGUUACGCAGUUAUCAAAAACGCUUUUCUAUGGUGGCUCUGAGAGGUCAAACACAGUGCAGACUAAGAAAACAUCAGCACAUAGAAAAGCACUGUAAAACACACAAAACACAACAGAAGUGUUUUGGGGGAGACGAUAAUGUGAUGGAUCAGCUGCAGCAGCAGGAAUAAAAACAAGGUUUGGACUGAGAUGCUGAAAAGAGGACAGGGAUACACCCUGAAAUGUAAAGGACAUACUUUCAUAUCCAAAGGUCAAAGAUGAUGAACCUGAAUGAGGUUUCUGACAGAAGCAAAU